GGCUUCUCUGCCGACUGAAUUAGCGUCCCAGGAUUUUCGUCAUGACUCUUAAAUCUGGGCUUGUCAGUUCGGCUCAGCGUUCCCGGUCUCCAGGAACAGCAUGGGACUUUCAGAGGUUAGCCAAUCACAUAACGUUGAGAUCAGGUUGCCAGGCAGAUUAUGCUAAUAAGACCCCGCCUUUUAUGCUGCUCCCACUCUGCGGCGGGAAGAACCACCUGGAGGCGGCGGGGGGGUUUGAUUUCCAUCACCCCUAGGGAGAGAGGAUCCGAGACCCGCUGAUCUUCCAGCUCCCCUCACCCAACGUCGUAUGUUCCAGUGGUUAAGUGCACUGAUUGCUCUUCCAGAGGACAGAGGUUCAAAUCCCAGCACCGGCAUGGCAACUCACAACUGUCUGUAACGCCAAGAUCUGAUACUCUCACAUGAACAUACAUGUAGGAAAAACACCACUGCACAUGAAAUAAAGGCUGCAGAAACCUCCCUGCCAUCCAUGAGCACGUGUGUACAGGACGGCCACGACCAAUGAGUGUCCUCUCUCCUGUGCUGCUGCUGUAGGUGGCUCAGACUUGGAGCUGUCCAGUAAGGAGAAGAUGGAUUCCAAAGAUGAAAGCUCCCCUGUGUGGCCGACGUCUGCGGACCAUGAACAGAACACUGCACAGGUGCACUUUGUUCCGGAUGCUGGAACUGUGGCUCAGAUAGUAUACGCUGAUGACCAAGUCCGUCCACCCCAGCAGGUGGUGUACACAGCAGAUGGCACCUCCUACACGUCAGUGGACGGUCCGGAGCACACACUGGUGUACAUCCACCCGGUGGAGGCUGCACAGACUCUGUUUACAGACCCAGCCCAGGUAGCUUAUGUCCAACAGGAUGCCACAGCUCAACAGGUGCUGCCUUCCAUUGAGAGUGUGGACGGUUCCGACCCUCUAGCAACUCUGCAGAACCCGAUUGCCAGGCUAGACGCGAAAGAAGAAGAGGAAGAAGAAGAGGAUGAAGAUGAGGAAACAGAGGAAGAAGAGGAAGAGGAUGCUGAAGACACAGAUGUGGAUGACUGGCAGCCUGACCCACCCAGACCUUUCGACCCCCAUGAUUUGUGGUGUGAGGAGUGUAACAAUGCGCAUUCCUCUGUGUGCCCAAAGCACGGCCCCUUGCAUCCGAUCCCUAACCGGCCUGUGCUCACGCGGGCAAGAGCGAGUCUGCCUCUAGUCCUCUACAUAGAUAGGUUCCUUGGUGGCGUGUUCUCCAAAAGACGGAUUCCCAAGCGCACCCAGUUUGGCCCAGUGGAGGGGCCACUGGUGAGGGGAUCAGAGCUGAAAGACUGCUACAUCCAUCUCAAGGUGUCUCUUGACAAAGGAGACAGAAAAGACCGGGAUUUACAUGAAGACCUGUGGUUUGAGUUGUCCGAUGAGACCCUUUGUAACUGGAUGAUGUUUGUGCGCCCAGCCCAGAACCACCUAGAGCAGAACCUGGUAGCUUACCAAUAUGGCCACCAUGUGUAUUAUACAACAAUAAAGAACGUGGAGCCCAAGCAAGAACUGAAGGUGUGGUAUGCUGCAUCCUACGCUGAGUUUGUGAAUCAGAAAAUCCAUGACAUAUCCGAAGAGGAAAGGAAAGUUCUUCGAGAGCAAGAGAAGAAUUGGCCCUGCUAUGAGUGCAAUCGCCGCUUUAUCAGCUCAGAGCAGCUGCAGCAGCACCUCAAUUCUCAUGACGAGAAACUAGAUGUGUUUACCAGAACAAGAGGCAGAGGAAGGGGUCGAGGCAAGAGGAGAUUUGGCCCUGGCAGGCGGCCUGGGCGUCCUCCAAAAUUUAUCCGCUUGGAAAUCACCAGUGAAAAUGGAGAAAAGAGUGACGAUGGGACACAGGACAUGCUGCAUUUCCCCACAAAGGAGCAGUUUGAUGAGGGUGAACCAGCUGCUCUGAAUGGACUGGAUCAGCCAGAACAAGCAUCCAUUCCAAUCCCUCAGCUGCCACAGGAGACUCCGUCUUCUCUGGAGCAGGAACCGGAAACUCAUACUUUGCACCUGCAGCCACAGCAAGAAGAGAGCCUAGUGCCUACCCAGACCACUUUGACAGCGGAUGACAUGCGCAGGGCCAAACGCAUUCGAAAUGCAGCUCUUCAGCAUCUGUUUAUCCGGAAGUCCUUCCGGCCUUUUAAAUGUCUGCAGUGUGGGAAGGCCUUCCGGGAAAAGGACAAACUGGACCAACACUUGCGCUUCCAUGGGCGGGAGGGGAACUGCCCAUUGACCUGUGACCUCUGUAACAAGGGCUUCCUCAGCAGUGCCUCCCUGGAGAGCCACAUGAAGCUCCAUUCCGACCAGAAGACUUACUCUUGCAUUUUUUGCCCAGAAUCUUUUGACCGCCUUGAUUUGUUGAAAGAUCAUGUGGCCAUUCAUGUCAAUGAUGGCUACUUCACCUGCCCAACUUGUAAGAAACGGUUCCCAGAUUUUAUUCAGGUGAAAAAGCACGUGCGAAGCUUCCACUCUGAAAAGAUCUACCAGUGUACCGAGUGUGACAAGGCCUUCUGCCGCCCCGACAAGCUGAGACUACACAUGCUCCGGCAUUCCGACCGAAAGGACUUCCUGUGUUCCACUUGCGGAAAGCAAUUUAAGCGAAAAGACAAGCUCCGGGAGCACAUGCAGAGGAUGCAUAACCCGGAAAGGGAGGCCAAGAAAGCGGACCGCAUCAGCCGAUCCAAGACCUUCAAACCCCGCAUCACCUCCACAGACUACGACAGCUUCACGUUCAAGUGCCGCCUGUGCAUGAUGGGCUUCCGGAGACGAGGCAUGCUGGUAAAUCACUUAUCAAAGAGGCAUCCAGACAUGAAGAUAGAAGAGGUGCCUGAGUUAACCCUACCCAUCAUAAAACCCAACCGCGAUUACUUCUGUCAGUACUGUGAUAAGGUUUAUAAGAGUGCCAGCAAGCGCAAAGCCCAUAUUCUGAAGAACCACCCAGGAGCUGAACUCCCACCAAGCAUUCGGAAACUUCGUCCUGCUGGCCCUGGAGAGCCUGACCCUAUGCUGAGCACCCACACCCAGCUGACCGGUACCAUCGCCACCCCUCCUGUCUGCUGCCCACACUGCUCCAAGCAGUAUAGCAGCAAGACCAAGAUGGUCCAACACAUUCGAAAGAAACACCCAGAGUAUGCCCAGCUUCCCAACACCAUCCACACGCCGCUGACGACAGCUGUGAUCAGCGCCACCCCAGCUGUCUUAACGACAGAUAGUGCCACUGGAGAGACUGUGGUGACAACAGAUCUUCUAACUCAGGCAAUGACAGAACUGUCCCAGACCUUAACAACCGAUUACCGAACACCUCAGGGGGACUACCAGAGGAUUCAGUAUAUCCCUGUGUCUCAGUCCACAUCUGGGCUGCAGCAACCUCAACACAUACAGCUGCAAGUGGUGCAGGUGGCUCCGGCCACUUCCCCACAUCAGUCUCAGCAGUCCACUGUGGAUGUUGGACAACUGCAUGAUCCUCAGACCUACACACAGCAUGCCAUCCAGGUGCAGCACAUCCAGGUCACAGAGCCCACCGCCGCGGCUCCAGCACCACCCCAGGUAGCUGGGCAGCCAUUGAGCCCCUCUGCUCAGCAGGCACAGCAAGGGCUUAGCCCCUCCCAUAUCCAAGGCAGUUCUUCUGCACAAGGGCAGGCUCUACAGCAGCAGCAGAACUCUGUACAGCACACAUACCUCCCCAACGCGUGGAGCUCCUUCCGUGGUUAUUCAUCUGAAAUUCAAAUGAUGACACUGCCCCCAGGUCAGUUUGUGAUCACAGACAGUGGUGUGGCAGCUCCUGUUACUUCUGGGCAGGUGAAAACAGUGACUCCGGGCCAUUACGUGUUAUCAGAGAGUCAACCAGAACUGGAGGAAAAGCAAGCCUCUGCCCUCUCCGGUGCAGUCCAGGUUCAGCCCUCUGCACACAGUGAUUCCCUGGACUCCACAAGCCCCAGCCAACAGCAGACCACACAGUACAUCAUCACUACCACCAACGGGAGCAGUGAAGUACAUAUCACCAAGCCGUAGCCUUCAUCCUGUAACAGGAGUCCAGAGCUCACACCACGUCUCCUCAUUUGGAAUCUGAAGCUUUGAACACCUAGACUUCUUUUUAAGAUUUAUAACUCACUCAAGAGUUUAGAAACUGCAGUUUUGACAAGGUCAUCUUUACCCAAGUGACUCUUCAAACCCUUGGGAUUUCUGCCAUGGAAUGCAGCUCUUUCAGGGGAAAGUUAACUUUCAGAUGGAGUAACUCGGCCUUGCUCUUGAGCUGGUUCUUUUUUGUUUUUGUUUUUGAACACACUGAUAAGCCUUACUUUCCCUUUGUGGAAAUACUAAGUGGCGUAUUAUGUUCAUACCAAAGGUGGAGACAGGAUGUACCAAGUCCAUCAUCACUGGACUUCUGAAAUCUAAGUUAUGGCUUCAGAAAGAGAAGGAAUAUAUAUUUCAUGGGUGUGACUAAGUCAGGACCACUUUAUCUCCUGCAUUUGAGUUUUCAGUAAUUUAACAAAGGCAGCUUAUUGGAUGAAAAAAUUAAAAUAAGAUAAAGGUUUGAUGUGGUGUUCUGAAGGAAAAAUGGUCAUCUAAAUUUUUCUUAUUGUCGAUCUCUCUUUCCUAUAUGGGGUUUCACUGUGCUGCCCAGUGUAGCAGUGAACUCAUGGGCUUGUGGGAUCCCCCUGCCAUAGCUUCCCAAGUAGUGGGACUACAGUCAGGCACGAUUAUGGCAGUUGUUUUUAAACUUUCUUGUUUUGGAAAACCUACUGGGCAGCAGCAGUGCUCCCCUCAGAUGCUGACCCCAGGCGUAUCUGACCUCGUGUUCCAUAAGCACAGACUCCCUGGAAGAUAAAAGGUGAUCAGCAUGAUCGCAACAGGAUUUUUAAGCCCCUACAUUAAAGCUCUGCCUCCAGGCUUCUGGUUAUAUAUAGUCAUGUUUAAGAAGGAGAUAUUAGUUCUAUGAAAAAAAUGCUAAAUUUAUAGUGUGUGUGUGUAUACACACACACACACACACAAAUACAUACACACUUAUGGAGAGAGAACUGAAACCUUGCCCUGCCUUGCAGGAUCUACCUACUGCUCAUUUGUGAAGGGUGAGUUCCUGACUCUAAUCAGGUGUUGAUGUAUAACACUUUUUGUGUGUGAUGCUAGGAAUCAAACCCAGGGCCUCUUGCAUGCUACGCAGGUUCCCCACCACUGAGCUACAACUCCAGCCCCUCCAUCACACUCUUGUUCUGAGCAUUGGAUGUAUUUUAGUACUUUCAAUGUUGUUUUAAAAGUGAAGCUUCUUUAAGGUUGGGUAAAAAAGGUGGCCUUUCUUAUUUCUAAACAUUUUAAACUUUAAGCAUAUUGUAACUCACCCAGACCUUGUUAUAAGAUGACCAACUUCCCACUUAGGGCAAAAAAUGAAAGUAAGGGGACCAUUGUAAUACACUGGGGUAAAAGGAUAGGUGUGAGGAGUAUUAACAGUUAGUUGGGAGAGGAAAGCAGUUUUCAGUGUGAUAGUGGUCUUCUGUGUGUUCCUGUUUGGGAGUCUUGUUUGCUGUGAAUCUAGUGGGGGAGUAUGGCCCCUCUUUUUACUGCACAUUCCAGUUGUACCCAUAAGACAUCCUCAAACCCUGUAUUUUAACAACUUUUUUUUGUGACAUACAUUUUAAAGAUAAUUAUUGUAGAAUGAAUUUAUCACUCCAGAUCAGGAAGACCUAAGUUCAUUUCAAAUGAAGUUAACCAAUUUAUUUUAUUUACAUUUCUAAGGAAAAACUGGGUCUGUGAAUUAAGAACUAGAAAAACUUCUGUGUGGUAAAGAUGCCUUCCUAAAAAGUGAUCAUUUGGUGUGAAAUCACUUUAUUAUGUAGAUCCUACACUUUCCUUUGGAGAUCUCAUUCAUAAACUUAUGUCUGAAGAUUUGGGCAUGAAAAAAACUUAAGAAAAUUACCUCAAAAAUGUGUGGAAACUGAAAAUGGACUUUGUAUCUUUGACAACAAAGAGGUAACAAUAUUUUCAACAUAAAAUGUUGACUCUGAGUCACAAAAUGCAAGACUCUGGUUCCCAAAGUCCUAUAGUGUAACGACUAACUAUCCUGGGUUUUCCCUCAAGUUCUGUGGUGUAAUAACUAAUUAUCCCAGGCCCUCAUCUAGAGAGAAACUUAGAUGGUAAGGAAUACUAGGUAGGCCAUCUCAGAGGGACAGUUUUAGUUUUCAUAAUUAAAUCUGACCUGCUGGAGCUGGGUGUGGUGGUGCACAGCUUUCAUCCUGGCUGAGGCAGCAUUAUCUCUGAGUUGGAGGCCACUCUGGUAUACAAAGAGUUCAAGGACAGCCAGGGCUACACAGAGAAAACCUGUCUUGAAAAAAACUAAACAAGUAAAUAAAUCUGACCUGUUGGAUUCUCUUUAAUUAGAGCCGGCAAGGUAUCUCCCCUCUUCUCAGGAAUAACCCAGUGAUUAAAAUACAAGGCCAAUCACUGAAGGACUGUUGGUUUUAUAUCAGUUUUUUUUUUUAACUUUUAAAAUACACACAGAGGAAAAUACUGUUGAAGGACCUCUUUGUCUCCUUUUCUUCUAAAUUUUUGACUUUAUUUUUUCUUUUGGUUCUUACAUGGAAUAAGUAAAUUUCAGAACAUAUAUCAUCAACCAGAGAUACGGUGGUAGUGAAGACAUCACCACUUUAAGAUCAGGUAUUUUAUGAAUUUAUCCCAAGGUAACAGAAGAGAUGGCAGAAUAUAAUCUCUCUGCAGCCUGAUUUGGGAAACAUGUAGCCAGUGUUUCUAUGGUGAUCUCUCCCAGACACAUCAACACUGUAGACUGCAUUCAAUACAGUAUGAAUAUUUUGAAGUGGGUUGGAUAUAGAUUUUUUUACAUUUUUAUUGUUUAGUUGGUGCCCAGAGAAAUGGAUAUUUCAUCAUGUAAGAUUCCUGUUUUUCUGGAAAGACUUUCCGUUUUGAUGUUUUUGAAUUAUUUUAUGACCUGGAAUUAUUCUUUCAAAAAAAAAAUUCUUAAAAUAUCUAGAGCUAAAAAAGCACCUAAUGAGAUGCUGAAGCUGGCCCAUUGGUUGAAAGUAUUGAUUUUAUUGUUAUUUAAAUGUGAACAGUUAUUGUAUAUUCAGUGAGUUAUAGUAUUAAUAGUCUUGUGCUACCCAGCAGGUGUAAAAAUUAAUAAAUAUUUUUUUAAUAA